AUGGCCCGUGCAACUGUGAGCAGAAGGUCUGAUGAAGACUCUGAUGGGGCAGACACAAGUCACCUUUGCGAAUGGGAAAACUUGUUGCGACCGGUUGAAUAUGCCAGGGACGACGAUCUAUGGCCGGCGUACAUGCGUUGUAUCGCGGUUUCCUUGGUGCAGUUUGCGUGUGCGCCUCUGGUUUUUCUGUGUGCUUACAGUGGUCGCGGCUCUGCCGCUGCCAUGACUGUGGGUUUCAUGCUUCUUGGUUCCAUGGUCUUCCAGUAUUGGCUGGUGGGCACGCUGGUUUCGUGGCUUAAGCGGCAGCCAUGUAGGGCCACGUGGCAGCACUCCAUCGACGCUCUGGCCGACUUUGGGAGUACAUGCAGUAUAUGUGGUUUCCUGUCAGGCGCAUUUGCCCUCUUUCUUGGCAUGAUCGAAGCUAUAGAUCCUGCUCUGGAUGCGUGGGCUGCCGCGAACGCAUUCAACCUGUACACCGAUGAUCUCUGUGUCAAGUUUGAGUCAUCUUGGAACUACAUUCCGUUGCUAGGUUGGCUGGUUGCUUGGCUGGGAUUGCCAGGUGUUUUGUUGUCCAUACUUCUUUUCUCGAUGCUUUGUCAGCUCUGGUUUUUAUUCCGGAAGGAUCAGUAUGUGACUGCAGAAAGGCUUUUCGACAAGUUCAGGCAAGGUGCAGAGACGUGCGCAGAGUGCAGGUACAAGCUAUGGUAUCAAUGGAAGCAUGUCACCGACCUCGGUGGAUUGCUGGUCCUGCUUGGAGUCUUUGAGAAGUUGGUCCAUGCGGAGCUGGAUCUUGAUACAGACGGCGAUUUGUAUCCUGUUGUUGAUCGGUUUUGGUCCUUCAUUCCGAAGGUCUGUGGAUCUGUCCCAGUCAUGUUUAUUCGCUUGAUGGCGGAUGCUUCGACUUUGAACAUCAAGAUCGCUAAGCUAAGGGAAAGCCUACGCAAUGUCAUGUUUGGCAGCACCUUCCCGAAUGACCUGAGCGACAUGUUCGUGGCAAUGAACCUUCAGCGUAUCAAGAGCUUCAUGCAGCAGCCGAUUUCUCUGGUCAUGGUGCACUGCGAUUCGCUGUACGAAUCGCUCUAUGACCUGCUGAACCAGCACUACAUGGAGUAUGCAGGACAGCGCUACGUUCGCAUUGCCCACGGCUCCAAAGCCAAGCAGUGCCCUAUUCAUCAUCUCUUCCGCGUCAUCGUCAUCACAGAGAUCAGCGAUGCUUACUUCCGGCUCGCGCCACCUCUGCUCAAUCGCUUCGAGAAACAGAUCUUCCUACGAAAGGACUUGAUGUCCAAGUCCGACGAAGCUUUGCUGGCAAGGGUGACGAAAUUCUGGGUGACGCUCAACGAGCCCCUUGGUUAUAGUUGA